AUUUCCCACUCUAUAGUAAUUCAGAAUUUACGCAACAAUUUAAACAUUUACAAGAACGUAACCUGACAGCAAGCAACUUACUGGCCCUGAUCAGAAGGACAGAAUGAAGUGGAUAGUCCUCACACUUUGCUGUUUCCAUUUGACAGAAUGCCUUAAAAGAAUCCCACUGAAGAAGCACAAGUCGAUCAAGCAAACAAUGAGAGAGAAAGGGAUGCUCUCGUAUUUCUGGGAACACCAUAAGAUGGAUAUGGUACAAAUGGGUCAACCUCAGGAGUGUUCUGCCAUACAAAAAACAGCCGAGCCCCUUCUCAAUUACAUGGAUACACAGUACGGUGGGGAGAUUUCCAUUGGCACACCACCUCAGAAUUUCACUGUUGUAUUCGAUACUGGUUCAUCCAAUUUAUGGGUGCCUUCUGUUUAUUGCUACAGCAGAGCUUGCAAAGAGCAUGACAAGUUCAUCCCAGAUAAAUCAUCAACUUAUACAAGGGAUGGCCGCCCUUUCUCUAUCCAUUAUGGUACAGGCAGUCUGACAGGAAUAAUUGGAAUAGAUACCGUCACAGUUGAAGGCAUCACUGUUGUGAACCAGAAAUUUGGCGAGAGUGUGACAGAGCCUGGCACGACAUUUUUGUAUUCCCCGUUUGAUGGGAUUCUUGGAUUAGCUUACCCAUCUAUUGCAACAGCAGAUGCCACGCCUGUAUUUGACAACAUGAUGGCACAAGGCUUAGUAAACUUGCCCCUCUUUUCUGUGUAUCUUAGUAGAAAUCCAAAUGAUGGGGCUGGGAGUGAAAUUAUUUUUGGUGGAUUUGAUACUUCACACUUCAUUGGUGAACUCCACUGGAUUCCUGUGACCAACAAAGGAUACUGGCAAAUUCAGUUAGAUGGUUUCCUUAUAGAUGUUUAUAAAGUCAGAAGGGGCACGGAUGAGGAGGAGGAUGAAUGGGGACAAAUUGAUUGCAGCAGUGGAUUCCAAGGCAUGGACAUACCUCCACCUGCUGGGCCACUGUGGAUCCUGGGAGACGUCUUCAUAGGCUAUUACUAUGCAGUGUUUGACAGGGGGAACAACAGGGUGGGUCUGGCUAAAUCCAUCCCAUGAUGUCCCAUUGCACUGAUUCAGGUGGAUAGGAUUUCAAUGAUUAUUGCAGCUAUUUGGAACGUUGCAUGUAACAUCACUUUGAAAUUAAUGAUUUUAGCACACAGAAAUCACCUCAUUGAAACCUUUUGUCAAUGUUUCUAAACAAUCUCUACCACGUAGGUUGCAAAUUCACAGUCCACCAUUUACUAGGGUUUUAAUAUUCAUCAGGAUUUUGAUUUAAAAUAAAUUUCAGGGCAGACAGAAUCAUUGUUUCUCACGCUGUUGUUGCACAGAGCCCAGAGUCGGUGCUCUUAAAAUCAUUGCUAUGAAAAUACUCGUCGCAUUCAGAGAUUCUAAAUUCAUGGACCAGUAACUUCUGUGCCCUGUGAUUUUAUUUAAUACACUGAGAACUUGAAGCUAAAAUGUUAGAUAUUUAUCUUUUACUUCCAUCACAAUGCACUCCUAUCCAAAGAUCUCGGCUCAGUUGCUAUUUUAAGAUUCAACCCUGUCUUGAGAAAGGAGAAAUGCCAGAAAAAAUGGGGAUUCCAUUUUUUGCAAUUAACUAACAUGUAUCAAGGUCUUACAUCACAAUGGGUUUUAUUCAUCUUGUUUAGCAAUGUUGUAUUGCUUCCGGAUGCAGAAAAUUGUUCUUCAAAUGUUUUGUAAAAUGGGGUCCUUUUAAAGACAUCUAUUUGUAUAAACCGUGUUGUUUCUGUUGCUUAUUGAACUGUGACUAAAAUCACAAUCAGGAUCAACAUUGAUUGUUUCUGUAACUAAUUAAACUAAUUAAACU